UGGUGGGGUCGAAAUGACCAGUAAAAAACUAAGGCUGAAUACUCAUUUCCCAAAAUUGUCGGGAAAUUUCCCUAUCAGCCAGAAAAGAUUUAAGGCGAAGGAUCUUGAUCAAUUAGACAUCAACAAGCCAUGGGUGAUGAGGUGUUGACAUAAGAUUGAGUCUAUAAGAGCAGAGAUUCAUGGAUGAUAGGAAAAUCUAUUACGAAGAAAUAUAGAUGAGGAGAUUGGGGUUGAAGGAAAAUAGUUAGAGAAUUAGUUAAAGUUCCGAGUUGAUGACAUAAAAGGCCGGCUUCUAGAGCUCACCAAUCUUGUUUUUACUGAACGAGUCCUAUUGUUACUAAAACUCUUCUCUAGUUUAACGACAUUCGAUCAGUCCGAUGCAUUUGAGACACUAUCUUCUUCUUUAGAUAAUCUUAAUAAGAGGUCUUGAGAUUUCUCUGCUUCUUUAGCAACUUCGUUUUGAUGUUCAAAAUAAUUAAUUUUAAGCUCUUCCAUCCACAUUGCUUUAUCCCUUUGGGACGGAUUCCCUUUAUUAGUUACUAAACUGUUCUGACUUCUCCCAAAAAUAGGAAUAUUGGUUAUGGGUUGUCUCCCUUCAUCUGCUAACUCAGGGCUAACAUCCUCAUCUCUUUUCAAACAAUAGAGCUCCUGAGGGUCAAGGUCAUUGUCUGCUUUCUUUCAUUUAUCGAAAACACUCAUCAUAUUACUUUUAUUCAAUAGCAAU